CGAAGCCGCAAUAUAACUAGACGAAAAAACUUCGUGCUGGCGAUUAGAGGAUGGUGUUCAAGUGGUUGAUGCGGGUGAUUUUGGUUUUCUAGAAAACUCCGCAGGUCUUCCCGUUGACUUCCAUACCGAAAUGCUGAUGGCCAUCAUGUUUUUUGCUGCAUUGACAUCGCGGUUCCAUAGUAUCUUACAGGUUUUGCAAACAAGGAUACUACAGCCACGCACGGUGUCUAAUGCUUUCAAUGUGUCUGAGCGACAACAAUUGCAUAUGCGUGAUGUCAAGUAUUCAUCAAUUGUAACGGCAAGGAGAUCACCAGCAGCCUCUCUUCGCUUCAAUGCACGCCACAGAACACCAACGACACCAGUCUUAUGGCCUUUGAUGGGCACUGCACUCUUCCCGAACAUGCCAUCACCAACUACAAUCAAAGGGAUCUUUUUAGUGUCGCCUGCACUAAAGGGUUCAGGCUUCCACUUGUUCUUCAGGGGAUUACUGUAGAAAGCAUGAGUUCUAUCAAUAUUUCUGCGAAUAGUGAAUGAAUUGCUUAUCAUUUAAAAACCUUACCUAUCUUUCUUAGCGAGAACAUCGCUUACUUCUCUCGCAUCUGCUUCUUCCUUCUCUUCUGGAACCUUUUGCUUCUUCUUCUUCUUCUUUUUACGUUUACAAAAGGCCAUUCUGUCGAUAAUCUUCUUUGGCCACUUGCUUCGAUCUUUCUUCU